GUGAGCGUGAUCAUAGUGUUCUACACACUGGGUAUCGUGAUGCUGCUACCAUGGAACUUCUUCAUCAACGCAGAAACAUACUGGCAAUACAAGAUGAGGAAUGUGAGUCUUGGAGAGGAAUGGGACGACCAGAACACCACCCUGACCUCCCUUCAGGUCUCCUUCACCCCCACUCUGGUCAUCGUCUCCAACACCUUCUGCACCAUCUUUCUCAUCGUCACCUCCGCCAUCGUCAGAAGCGUGAGCGAGAAGGUGCGCAUGCUGGGAUCCCUGACGCUGUGUCUCCUGGCCAUGGUGAUCAUCACAGCUCUCACCCUCGUCAACACCGACUCGUGUACGUCCGCCCCAGGCAGACUCAAGGGCUCGUGAUCCAGGGAAAUGGAGCUGCUCUCUCCCUCCACUAAUCAUAUCCAAUACCUCCCGUUCCUUCUGGGUUUAGCGCUUCCACAUCCCUUGGAAGCCUAAUUCUGUACUCUUAUAGGUAUAUGUGAAGAUAGUGUCGAAGGCUCGUCUAUAGCUAUGGUGGAGGAUUGAAUCGUGACCAUCCCUUGCGCUGAAUGAUCCACAUGGGUUUAGCACUUCGUAUAAAGUAUACAUAAAAUGUAGACUCCCA